AUGCGUUAUGUUAUGCGGAAUUUGUUAACCUUAUUAUGUAAAUUAAGGGCUGGAGAGCAUGUAUUCGUUAAAAUCAAGCCACGACGAGGAGUUAUCCGAUUUGGGAAGAAGGGAAAACUAUCGCCCCGGUAUAUCGGACCAUUUGAGAUUUUGGAGAAGAUUGGAGAGGUUGCCUACCGCCUAGCCCUGCCACCACAAAUUGACAGAGUUCACAAUGUUUUCCAUGUGUCUAUGCUUCACAAGUAUAUGUCUCACCCCUCUCACAUACUCAACUGGGAGGAGGUCACACUUAACGAAGACACAACUUUCGAUGAACCUGUCGAGAUACAAGAUUAUAGUGAGAAGAAUAUCAGGGGUAAGACGAUUAAACUCGUCAGGAUCUUAUGGCGACAUCAGGGUAUAGAGGAGUCAACUUGGGAGAGAGCAGAUACUAUGCGCACCAACUACCUGUAUCUGUUUCCACCAGAAGGUAUACUUUAA